UCUCUCUUUCCUGACGGAGCGGCUGGAUGGAGCCACACUGACCCCACUGAGCACUCACACUGGAACCAGAAACACACCGGGAGUCGGCCUAAGGACACCAUGGGGAUUAAAUUUUUGGAGGUCAUCAAGCCAUUCUGUGCAGUCCUGCCAGAAAUUCAGAAACCAGAAAGAAAGAUUCAGUUUAGAGAAAAAGUACUAUGGACUGCCAUCACACUAUUCAUCUUUCUGGUGUGCUGCCAGAUUCCACUCUUUGGCAUCAUGUCGUCAGACUCAGCAGAUCCCUUCUACUGGAUGAGAGUAAUCCUGGCUUCAAACAGAGGUACUCUGAUGGAGCUGGGUAUCUCACCCAUUGUCACAUCAGGCCUCAUCAUGCAGCUGCUGGCUGGUGCCAAGAUCAUCGAGGUUGGAGACACUCCUAAGGACAGAGCCCUCUUCAAUGGAGCUCAGAAAUUGUUUGGAAUGAUCAUCACCAUUGGACAGGCCAUUGUAUAUGUAAUGACUGGCAUGUAUGGAGACCCUUCAGAGAUGGGUGCUGGGAUAUGCUUGCUCAUCAUCAUCCAGCUCUUUGUUGCAGGUCUGAUUGUCUUGCUGCUGGAUGAGCUCCUCCAGAAGGGCUAUGGUCUGGGCUCAGGUAUCUCCCUCUUCAUUGCAACCAACAUCUGUGAGACGAUUGUCUGGAAGGCUUUCAGCCCCACCACCGUCAACACUGGCAGAGGUACUGAGUUUGAGGGAGCCAUCAUUGCUCUCUUCCAUCUCUUGGCUACCCGCACUGACAAGGUGCGUGCUCUGAGAGAAGCCUUCUACAGACAAAACCUGCCCAACCUCAUGAACCUCAUCGCCACCGUCUUUGUGUUUGCAGUGGUCAUAUACUUCCAGGGCUUCAGAGUGGAUCUGCCCAUCAAAUCAGCACGUUAUCGUGGCCAAUACAACACCUACCCCAUCAAACUGUUCUACACCUCCAACAUCCCCAUCAUCCUGCAGUCUGCCCUGGUCUCCAAUCUUUACGUAAUUUCACAGAUGCUGUCGACACGUUUCAGCGGCAACUUCCUGGUCAACCUUCUGGGAACCUGGUCUGACACUUCGAGUGGAGGACCAGCUCGGGCCUAUCCAGUGGGCGGUUUGUGCUACUACCUUUCGCCUCCAGAGUCAUUUGGUUCUGUUUUAGAUGACCCAGUUCAUGCUGUCAUUUAUAUUGUCUUCAUGCUCGGCUCCUGUGCCUUCUUCUCCAAGACCUGGAUUGAGGUGUCUGGAUCCUCUGCCAAAGAUGUGGCAAAGCAGCUGAAGGAGCAGCAGAUGGUGAUGAGAGGGCACAGAGAGACCUCUAUGGUGCAUGAGCUUAACAGGUACAUCCCCACAGCUGCUGCCUUUGGUGGUCUGUGUAUAGGAGGGCUGUCUGUCAUGGCUGACUUCUUGGGUGCCAUUGGCUCGGGCACAGGGAUCCUCUUGGCUGUGACCAUCAUCUACCAGUACUUUGAGAUCUUUGUGAAGGAGCAGAGUGAAGUGGGCAGCAUGGGAGCACUGCUCUUCUAGAAAAUACCAACCUUCUGACGCAAACCAGACACAGUUCAUCCACCCCCUCCCAUCAUUUUUAUUAUUUGCAUUUUUGCAGUUCGCACAAUCAGUACAUUUUCCAGCUGGGAUAGGUAAUUUUUCUCUGCCACCUUUGUUCCCCACCAUAUUUCUCUAGCAUGUCAAUGCUGAGAAAACUGUUUGGGUUACUGCCAGGGUUGAGCAUAGUAUCAGUCCUUUUUAUUCCAAGAGCUACUACCCACCUCUCUGCAGGCUGCCUAAAUCCCCACUGACUGUCUCUUCAGCUGAAAAAUGCCUAAAAACACACAAGUGUGAGGUGUUGUCUCUGACUUACCUCAGGCAUUGUUCAUUGCAGCAUGUACAAGGAACACUAGACACUUCAGACAGUGACAACAUGUAAGUGCUUAUUUCAAGCUGAAGGCACUGUGCCUGGACUUUGCAGGGGGAGUUGAAAGAAAGCCAUGUCAUGUUCAUCACAUAACAGUCAUGCUUGAGGUUUCUAGGGCACUAUAGUAGGAUGUGAAAAGUAUAAAUAAAGUAUGCUUACACUCCUAAUAAGGUUUCUGGUAAACUCUGACAAACUGUUGGUGGUUUUCAUUUAUCUUUAUUUUGAUAUUUUAAAUGAUGGACUAUGUCUAUAUUCACUCUGGUCUUAUGUAGGGCACAGUGUUUGUCCUCUGUCUCUGAUUCCUCAGAGGAAAGUGUUUGUGUGUGUCGUUGUGCUCUUUUAUUCCCAGACUGAAUCGCUGCACAAUACUGCCGAGGUGGUCGGGAUGAGGGUGGGUUUGAUAGGGAUGAAAAAGGGGUUUCAUUUUGGUUUUUACUUUAUGUAACAGACAUAAUUGUGUUAUUAAAAAAACAGGAUCUUUUUUUUCCAAAUCA